GGCACGCCACACACGGAGUUGGCGCCUGCCGCGUCCCACUCCGCGCGGUGCCCGCCACCAUUAUUUUACACCGUCUCGUGCAUGUCCUAGCUUUCCUCCCCCCUCCCAUGUCUCGCUAGAAACGCACGCACACGCGUAUAGUAGCAGCGUAGCACCAACCGGCAGUCGGGCACUAGCUCCUUCGAGUUCGAUCCGUCGGAUCGGCAUGACGCUGGAUGCCCUGUGCGCGGUCAGCGACGUCCUCGUCUACGACACCUUCAACGCGGCGGCCGCCGCGAGUGCCGCGCCGGCCGACAGCAGCCUCCUCUUCGGUGAUGAGGCAUGGAUGGCGGGGUCUGCUUCCGCUGCGGCGCCGGCUGUGACGGCGGUGCCGGUGGAAGAAGGGGAGAAGGCGCAGGGGAGGAGGAAGCGGCGGCGGCGGGCGAGGAGCUGCAAGAACCGCGAGGACGCCGAGAGCCAGCGGAUGACCCACAUUGCCGUCGAGCGCAACCGCCGGCGCCAGAUGAACGAGUACCUCGCCGCGCUCCGCUCCCUCAUGCCGGAGUCCUACGCCCACCGGGGCGACCAGGCAUCCAUUGUCGGCGGCGCCAUCGAUUUCGUCAAGGAGCUCGAGCAGCUGCUGCAGUCCCUGGAGGCGCAGAAGCGCACGCUCCUGGCGCAGCCGGAGCAGGAGCACAAGCCGCUGCCCAUCCGUGACGCCAUGCCAUCGUCGAGCACCACCGUCGCGGCCGCGGCCGCGGCCACGACGACGAGCACCGAUGAGGGCAAGCAGGCUGCGGCGACGCACGACACGACGGGGCCCCCGUUCGCGGGGUUCUUCACGUACCCGCAGUACGUGCGCCUCCUCCCACCGCGGGACGACGCCGACGACCGCGCCGGGGCGGCGGACAUCGAGGUGACCCUGGUGGAGACGCACGCCAGCGUCCGGGUGAUGGCGCCGCGGCGGCCGGGGCAGCUGCUCAGGAUGGUCGCCGGGAUGGAGGCGCUCAGGCUCACCGUCCUGCACCUCAACGUCACCACGCUCGGCUCGCUCGCGCUCUACUCCCUCAGCGUCAAGGUGGAGGAAGGGUGCGGGCUGACGACGGCGGACGAUAUCGCGGCGGCGGUGCACCAUGUGCUCUGCCUCGUCGACGCCGAGGAGACGUCGCAGCGGCUGCCGGCCGGUGGGUAGCAGGAGAUUUUAAGUUAGCUUAGGUGCACCGGGGCAGUGCCGCCGAGCUUGCCGUCUGAGAUAGGAGUAGUAAUUUGUAAAGUGUAGUGGACCUCUACGAGGCUUUCGAGCAUGGUUAAUAAUACAGUCAACAAUGGACAUGUUAUCUGGAGCCAAUCUAGUAGCCGACUCAUAUAAUAGUAAGUCUUA